AUGGCUUCGAAAGGACAGGUCGCGAGUUUGAGCGAGGAGGUAACUUGUCCCAUCUGCCUGGAUUUCUUCACCGAUCCGGUGUCACUGGAGUGCGGACACAACUUCUGUCGCUCUUGUAUCACACAGUGUUGGGAAAGGGAGCAGAGAAACUCCUGCCCGGAAUGUCGAGAGGAGUUUGCUGACCGCACCCUCAGGGUGAAUCGGGCCUUAGCAAAUCUGGCUGAAAAAGCUCGAAAUCUAAACCUGAAUCCGAAAGUGAAGGAAAAUAAAUGUCACUGUGAGGAACAUGAGGAAGAACUGAAGCUGUUUUGUGAAACGGACAAGACAUUGAUCUGUCUGAUCUGUAGAGAUGCGCAGGAACACAGAGAGCACCGCUUCAAGCCGAUUAAAGAAGCUGUUAAAAUCUAUAAGGAUCAGAUAAAAUCUUCCUUAGACUCUCUCACAAAAAAGAAAUCAGACUUCCAGGAAAAGGAGCAGCAACAGAAAGAGAAGAUUUCCGGAGUUCGGAAACAGUCACACAGCGUUCAGACCCACGUCACAUCAGAGUUUGCUGAACUGCGCCAGAUUAUCACUGAGAAAGAGCAGAACUUACUCAGGGAUCUCAGGAAGGAAGAAACGAGGAUUCUAAAUUCAAUGGAGAAAAAUCUUCGAGAGAUUCAAGAGAAUAUGAAGAUUAUUCAGGAGGAAAUCACUAAGUUAAAGGAACAGUUGGAUCAGGAAGACAGUGUGAUAUUUCUCAAGGAGGAAGCUCGUCAGAACAGAAGAAUCAGUGACGAUGUCCAGGAAUUGUCAGUGACCGAUGAGGCCCUACCGGUUGAAAAAUUCUAUCAUCCCUAUUUGUUGAACACAGUGCUGAGAGAAAAACUUGAUGCUAUUAAGCGAGUCUCUGUCACCCUGGAUGUGGAAACGGCGAAUCCGCGGCUCGAGGUGUCUGAGGAUCGGAAGAGUGUGAGAUGGACCGGGUCCUGGAGGAAUCUCCCUGACGCCGGGAAAAGAUUCACACACUGGGCUUGUGUGCUGGGAUCGGAGGGAUUCACAACAGGGAGACAUUACUGGGAGGCGGAGGUGACAGGGAAUCGGAGCUGGUGGCUGGGAGUCGCCGCAGAGUCUGUGAAGAGGAAGGGGUGGGUCAGUCUGAGACCAGAGACCGGAUUCUGGGUCAUCGGGCGGUAUGGUGACGCGUUACAUCGGGAUUAUGAUGUGUUCCGUGUUCUCACCUCCCCCGGGGCCCGUCUCCCUGCCGGUCCCAUCCCCGGGAGGGUGGGAGUUUAUCUCAGUUACGAGUCCGGGACAGUUUCAUUUUACAACACGGAGACCAAGUCCCAUCUCCACACCUUCACUGGGAAUAAAUUCACGGGGAAACUUUAUCCUUUCUUCGCGUCCUGGGAUGGAAAACAGUGGCUGAGAGUCUGCUCCGGUUCCGCUCCGGGUCUGUAAACGGGUCGGGUCCCGGGACCGGCGUCAGGAGUAAAGUCCCUGUAAAUAUAAGUGUGCGGAGAGUGCAGCUAAAUACUUCAUGUUUCUGGACAUUUGGGCUUUGUUCCCGGGAAAGUGGGACCUAUUCCGACGGGACGGUUUGACCUUGAACUGGAGGGGGACUAACAUUGUUGCUGAUAGAUUUGCUCGUGCUGCUUCAGGGAAUUUAAUCUAGAUCUGCAGAGGGAGGGGAACCAGAGUGUUAGAGCAGAUAGUGAGGUAGAGGAGGAUAAAGGUCAUGCGAGGAUUGCAUGUGUAGACAGAAAUCAAAGGUUCGUACAUUAGGUUGUAAAUUAAUUUUCAGAACUUUAGAAAUUGUAGAAAACAUUGAUUUCUGGAAGAAAAUAAUGAAGAGCAUGACCAGAACAUAUGUGAAAAAGUGGCUCCUUCAGUUUUACACCUAUCACAAUAAUUGUCUAUGUUAGGAAAUAUUUUGGAUAGUCUCUCCUUUGUUAAGUAGUAACAGUGAAAAAUUUUAAAUUGAAUUAAACAGUGAUUGGCACAUAUCAAAGAAGAUUUUUUUUUGCAGAUCUUUUUAUUUUCAUUUAUUUUCUGAUAGUCGAUUGAUGACUUUUGAAGAGUUAAUCAGCAAAUAUUCUCUCUCUCAUACACACUUUCUGCAGUAUCUUCAGCUUAGACAUUUUUUUACAAAAAUAAUUAUCUAAAUUUCCAUAUAUGCAAGAUCUGAUUUGUUGGAUACUAUAUUGAAUAAGAAUCCUUUAGAAAGAGAUUCCGUUGGUAGAAUUUAUAAUUUAUUUUAAAUACAUUAAUACAAAAAGAUAACCUCCCACCUGAGGUUUAUACAUGAUUGAAAUAUUCGUUGUUUCAGACGUGAUAGAGGGGGAGAGGUGAAAGGGGUACAGUGUCAUUACUAGACAGAGAAAAUAUCACAGCUGUGCGUAGACAGGACAGCCCGGAGGGCUAGUCUACAGAGGCCAUAUGGGUGGAGCUGAGGAACGGGAAAGGUGUGACCACACUAAUAGGGGUGUAUUACAGACCGCCCAAUAGUCAGAGAGAAUUGGAGGAGCAAACCUGUAUAAAGAUAGUAGACCACUGUAAGAAACAGGAAGUUGUAAUAGUAUGGGAUUUUAACUUUCCUCAUAUUGACUGGGACUCCCAAACUGUAAAAGGGCUAGAUGGCUUGGUGUGUGUGAAAUGUUUUCAGGAAAGUUUUCUAAAUCAAUAUAUAGAGGUACCUACGAGAGAGGGUGCAAUAUUUGAUCUCCUAUUAGGAAACCAGACAGGUCAGGUGACAGAAGUAUAUGUAGGCGCACAUUUUGGGUCCAGUGACCAUAAUGUCAUUAGUUUCAAGUUAAUGAUGGAUAAGGAUAGACCUGGUCCUCGCGUUGACGUUCUAAAUAGCAGAAGGGCUAAUUUUGUGGAAAUGAAAAAAGAUCUAGGAGGAGUGGAUUGGGAUAAGAUUUUUUUCCUGACAAGGAUGUGUUCAGUAAGUGGAAGGCCUCCAAAUGUGAAAUUUUGAGGGUGCAGUGUUUGCAUUUUCCUGCCAGGAUUAAAGACAAAGUUAACAGGCAUAGGGAACCUUGGUUUUCAAGGGAUUUUGGCGAUCUGGUUAAGAAAAAGAGCGAAGUAUAUAGCAGCUAGAAGCAACAAAUAGCAAAUGAGUUACUUAAAGAGUAUAGAAAACAUAAGAAAAUACUAAAGAAGAAAAUCACGAAGGAAAAAAAAAGAACACAUGAGGUGGCUUUGGCAGAUAAUGUGAAGGAAAACCUGAAGGGGUUCUACAAGUAUAUUAAAAAUAAAAGGAUUCUAAGGGACAAAAUUGGUCCCCUAGAAGAUCAGAGUGGUCGUCAAUGUGUGGAGCCUUACGAGAUGGGGGAGAUCUUAAACAGUUUUUUUGCAUCAGUAUUUACUCAGGAAACUGGCAUAGUGUAUAUGGAAGGACGGGAAACAAGCAGUAGUGACAUGGAACAUUUGUAGAUUAAAGAGGAGGAGGUGCUUGCUGCCUUACAGCGAAUAAAGGGAGAUAAAUCCCCCGGGCCGGACUUGAUAUUUUCUCGGACCAUGAGAGAGACUAGUGUAGAAAUUGCAGGGACACUGACAGAAAUAUUUAAAACGUCCUCAGCGACGGGUGCAGUGCUGGAGGAUUGGAGGGUAGCUCAUGUUAUUCCGUUGUUUAAAAAAGGCUCCAAUAGUAAACCAGGUAAUUAGAGGCCAGUGAGCAUGACAUCAGUAGUCGGUAAAUUAUUGGAAGAUGUUCUGAGAGUUCAGAUUUACAAGUAUUUGGACAGCCGAGGGCUGAUUAAGGAGAGUCAGUAUGGCUUUGUGCAUGGUUGAUCGUGUUUAAUGAAUCUUGAAGAGUUUGUCGAGGAGUUUACCAACAAAGUAGAUGAAGGAAAGGCUGUGGAUGUUAUCUACAUGAACUUUAGUAAGGUCUUUGACAAGGUCCAGCAUGCGAGGUUAGUUCAGAAAGUUCAGACAUGAGGUAUCCAUGGAGAGGUUGGAGAGAUUGAAAGAGUGCAGAGAUUUACUAGGAUGUUGCCAGGUCUUAAGGAGUUGAGUUACAGGAAAAGAUUGAACAGGUUAGGACUUUAUUCCUUGAAGCGUAGAAAAAUGAGGGGAGAUUUGAUAGAGGUUUACAAAAUUAUGGGGGAUAUAGACAGUAAAUGCGAGUCGUUUCUUUCCAUUUAGAUUAGGAACGAUAAAUAUGAGAGGACAUGGUUUUAGGGUGAAUAGGGAAAGGAUUAAGGGGAACAUUAGGAGGAACUUCUUCACUCAGAGAGUUGUGGGAGUGUGGAACGAGCUGCCAUCUGACAUGGUAAAUGCGGGCUCCCUCUUAAGUUUUAAGAAUAAAUUGGAUAGAUACAUGGAUGGGAGAGGUUUGUAGGGUUACGGACUGGGUGCAGGUCAAUGGGACGAGCGGAAUAAAAUUUCUGCACAGACUAGAAGCGCCAAAUGGCCUGUUUUCUGUGCUGUAGUGUUCUAUGGUUCUAUGGAGUGAAAUAAACACGAGAUGAGAAUUGUCGAUUGAUUAAUUUUAAAUGGGACAAGUGGGGGCGGUGCUGACCGGAAAAGACAGUGUAGGUUGUUCAUUAACUUCAUCUGCCAUUUCUUAGUCCCCCAUUACUACUUCACCAGCAUCAUUUUCCAGUGGUCCAGUAUCAACUCUCAUCUCCCUUUCACUCUUCAUGUCACUGAAAACUAAACUUGUAGUAUCCUGAUUUAUAUUAUUGGCCGGUUUGCCCUCAUAUUUCAUCUUGACCAUUCUCAUGGCUUUUUUUGUUGCCUUUUGUUGGAUUUUAAGAGCAUCCCAAUAUUCCAACAUCCCACUCACCUUUGCUAACUUAUAUGUCAUUUCCUUAGGCUUAACACAAUUAAUACAUGCCUUUUCCAGCUCAAACUGUGAAUUGAUUUAAAGUCAGUCCCAUAAUUUAAUAGUUUUUACCUGAAAACUAUCUACCCUCGCAAAGAUUGUACUGAAGACUGCAU